CAGUAAAUAUUGGUCAGUGAAUUCGUGCACCCUCAGCUGGCUGUUACGACGUGAAUUUUUGUUGAGGAUUAUUAUUCGAGCAAACAAUAUUUUUUUAAUAAAUUCAUACAUAUAUAAACACGGAUGAAUUUGCCAUAAAUAAAGUAUUGUUCUUUAUAAAUCACUUUUAAAUAAUUGGGGCAGAAUCAAGCUGCAUAAAUCAAUAUUUGCUUCAUGUAUUAACACCAUUAAAAAUUUGUUGGCCACUGGAAGAGUUAUAUAUAUCAUAACGUGCAUCACAACGCACUAAAACAACAUGGUAGAGUCAUCAUGUCGAGUCCAGACAGUAGACGACCGGUAGCUGUGGGCUUUACGAUAAAGCCGUGCGUGCGUGGUCAGAAUCACUGCGGCGGGUGGGGCGGCAGCAGCAGAAACCUCAAGAUCAACUGCAGGAACAUCAGCAAGAGCUGCAAGAACAAGACGAGCAUGGGGUACAAGAUGAGCCGGCAAAUGUGACUCCAGUGAGUCACAGCACUGAAACCCAGGCUAGUCGCAAAGCAAUUCAUGUCUUUGCGACUCGCCGACGGCCCGCGAAUGUUCGUCUACCCCUUUCAAUUGCCCCCCAACCCCAGCCGCAAUACCAACAAACACAACAGCAUCAGACUUCUCAACAUACGAGUCAAAAUCCAUCUCCAGCCGGCUCGAGUCAUCAAUACAAUGGGCCCAUCACUCCACACCAACACAUGCCUCGAGAUCAAGGAGCCGGUCAAUCAUAUGAUGAUGGACAUGGCCUUGAGGAGCCAAUGGUACAAGUCGAGCGGCCGCACAAUUUCAGUACAUGGAUAUGUUGCGUGCCAUGCUAUUGGCUACGGCGUAGCAAAGCAGUUCACAAAGCGCUUCUUACUUUUGCAAUGCUACUUGUGACGAGUCUUUUAGUUACAAGUCCUGUUCUUUUUCUCAUCACGACUUUACCUGAAGGAGAUCAGCCACGCGUAUGCUCACCGUUGGAUGAAGCUUGUAUCAGAGAAAGAGAUGGUUCGGAAGGUGUAUGCAACACUCAAGCAUGUCACGAGGCAGCGCGUCGCAUGCUUGCAACAAUGCAACGUGGUGUUGAUCCAUGCAAAGACUUUUAUCAAUUUGCCUGUGGUAAUUUUCGAAAUCGUCUUGCUUAUCAGCCGACUUCCAGCUUUUCUUCUUUGCAAGAACACGUUGAUGAGCAGAUUGAGAAUUUGUUACUGAAUAAAACAGGAAAGAUGAAUGGUGUUUACAAUAAGCUAGGUCAUUUUUACAACAGUUGCUUAGAAUUCAAAAAUAAACCUGUCGAUUUUAAUCCUGUUUACAAUCUACUUGCAAAAUUGGGUGGAUAUAUAUCUCCGAAGGGUACAGAGCCAACUGAUAUAACACCAUUAGUAUCUUCACUUUUAAAAAUCACUGGUGCAUCUUUAUUUGAUCUUUACAUCGAUAUUGAUCUUUUUGAUCAUAAUAAAAGAGCAAUCUUCUUAGAUUUACCAAAAAAAUAUCUCAGCGAUGAUUUUAUAAACGAAGUUCCCGAUAAUGCACCAAGGCGACGCAGAAGUGUGAAUGAGUACAAUCGAUUCAUUAAAAGAUACAAAAGAUCUAAUCAUGCCGAGAGUAGGGCAUAUACUGUCAUUAAAAAUAGUCGCGAUGAAAAACGGUCAAGCCGAAUAAAAAGUAUUAUUCAAAACUUCAUACCAAGUGGACUAGAACCGACUCUCCGAUCUUCCGAGGCUGAUCAAUUGCUUCAAUUUUGUUUGUCAUUAGAUAAGAUAUUCCCAAGACAUAAAGAUAUUUAUAAUUGGAUUGACAUCGAUCAAAGGAUAUAUGUACCUUACAAUUUAUCAUAUUUGCAAGACAGUUUUAAUUAUAUAAGAUGGAAGUUACUGCUGAAUCUGAGCCUAGACAACGCUACUGCUCAGUUAUAUUACAAUGGCUUUCAUCGCAACGAAGAUCAUUCCAGUUAUAUAUAUGUGACCGCUCCACAUUAUUUUCGGAGUCUGGGUAAAUUGCUCAACCGUUUUUCGAAAAGAAUGGUUCAUAAUGGAUUACUGGUUCUCUAUGCUACAGAUAUAUUAUAUGACAUUGUAAAUGUAACGGCUAAUAGAAAUUGGAGCGAAAAUUGUGUAAAGAUUACCAAAAACAUAUUCAGCGAAGCAGUAGGCACGUUAUAUGUGCAGCAACACAAACCAGAUUUUUUGGAACUUUUAGUGAACAGAGUGGCUGUUCUUUUCGAACGAAUCAAAGAAACACUCGCAGAAAGAAUGCUAGUUAUGCCAUGGCUUGAUGAAGAAACAAGAACUCAAGCUAUUUUUCGACUACGUUCAUUACAAGGGAAAUUUCAAAUAUGGCAUGGGUACUUGAAUGAAAGUUCACUGGCACAAGAAAUGAAUCAAGUUUUUAUUUAUGAAGGAGACUUUUUUACGACUGUUCUUAGAAGACUCAAGCAGAUACGGACACCAGAGGCUCAAAUGAAAAGAAACGCCACUCAAAAAUGGACACACCCUUACACAAUCAGCGCUUAUUACGAAGCUUCAUCUAAUUCAAUUGUUAUACCUUUAGCUAUGAUGUCUGCGUGGUCUUGGUCAUGGGAAGGUGGACCUUCGUAUGCAGUUUACGCUACUCUUGGUUCUGUAAUUAGCCAUGAAGUCCUUCAUGCUUUUGAUCUUCAUCAUCGAAGAUUACCAUUAGAUCCAGAUCCAAUCAAUAAUCACUGGUCUUGGAUCACACCAGAUGCUUGGCAUAGACUAGAAGUCAUGGUUGAAUGUGUUGCAAAACUCUACGCUCGAAGUUUUUGGAAAAAAGUUCAAUUUUUUGGAAACAGUGUUGAUGUACAGUUUGAUUGGAAUAUCACUCGAAACGAGAAUGUAGCAGAUAUUGGUUCUCUUCAAAUAGCUUAUCAUACAUGGCAUACUCUGACGAACGGUAAAGAUCGAACCCUCCCGGGUAUGGAAGCAUUACGUCCAAGUCAACUCUUUUUUAUCAGCGUUGCCCAAACUUACUGUUCUAAUAUGACUGCUGAAGCGUACAUUUUGUCGGUCGAGUUAGAUUAUCAUACUCCACAACCUGAAAGAAUAAAUGGGAUAAUGAUGAAUUCACCUGAAUUCGCUGAUGCAUUUCGUUGUACUGUUGGAACAAAAAUGAAUCCACCAAAAAAAUGUAAAACUUGGUAAAAAUUGAAAGAAAAUUUAAUGGCUUCUUGUUCAGCGAAUUUAAACAAACUUCUAAAACACAUCAAAUAAGUAUAUUUAUUUAUUUAUGAGUUUCCGACAAAAGAUAAUUUUUGGAAAUGAAUUGCGGAAAUAUAUCAAGGACCCGAGGAAGGACCACCGGCGAAGCAACCAGCAGCGUCAACCCCCAGGCUUCAAUAGGACGAUAACUCGACAGCGGUGAGUUGAACGGCGCGGCCGUUAUAUCCUCGGUUAUUUGUAUUUGUUGCUCGGCUAUGCUCCAGAGAGCUACGUUGUUGCGAGCCGUCGAUGGUCCGGUCUCACUCUCUCCGAGACUUUUGUAGUAGAGUAGUUAUAAAUAAACAGUUAUAGUUUUUACAUUCAAAUAGAAUAUUGAGUGUUUGAUUCUUGAUGAAUGUGAGUGCGAAUAUUUCCCUUGCCCGAUUGCAUGAAUCUUUCAGGUAGACCCAGACGCACGUGGAACGGACUCAAUGGCCAAAGGACAUACGUAACCGGCGAGUGCGUCGGGGUGAGAUUCUCUAGGUUACAAAAUAUAUUAAAAAUAAUUAAUCAAUCAACUCUGUGUACUCCGAAUAUACUAUCUCUUAAAUAAUUAUGGCUCUGAAUCGGUAAUGGUUUGGUGAAAAUAUCUGCCUCAUUCUCCGCAGUAUUUAUCCACAGG